AUGGACACGCUCCCCACAGAAAUCAUCAUCCAGAUCCUGGACAACCUCCCAUCCCCUGCCGUUAAGCAAGCCCGUCUUACAUCCCGGACCUUCAACUCGAUUCUCGCAAAACGCACAUUUGAAGUUCUCGUUUCGUUUCUAGACCCGGAAGUGGCGCAAAACACACUCGUCACCAUUGCACAAGAUCCCGUGAGGCGGCGUCGACGACCCUCGAUUUGGUCACCGAGAUGCAGCGUACCCCGGAAUUUACCUGUUGGCGACUCAUUUCUUAUGGCGCUCUGGGUUGGUUUGCGUGGAGAUUCAUGGGUCGCAGAUGUUAAAGGAGACAAGUUGGACGUUAGUAGUUGGCAGGAUGGUGGGAAAGGAUAUGGGUGA